AUGGCUACAGAUGCCGAUGGAUCCUCCGAAAAUCUGAACGAGGUGAAGCGCGGCUCUAUCGUCAUAGAAGAUGCAGGGGCGAAGGUGUUCAAGGUUGAGGAUACACUCUUCACCGUUCACACGUACUUCCUCGUCGAGCACUCGCCAGUCUUUAAGGACAUGCUACAGGUGGCGCAGGCGAACGAGGGUGAGGGAUCAUCCGAGGACAACCCAAUCAUCCUGGAGGACAUUCCCGCGCGCGACUUCGACUUGCUCGUCCGUGUUUUAUACACUUCAUGCGCCCUGACGCAGACAUCCCCGCUACAGACCGCGUCCGUCGAAGAGUGCGCCAGCCUGAUCGAACUGCUCGAGCGCUGGCAGAUGGACGAGAUCCUCGCUGGCGUUCGACAGGUGCUACACGACCGCGACUGGGAUCUGGCGGACAAGAUCGCACUAGCAAGGGCCACGAAGAUGAACGCGGUCUGGUUGAGCACCGCGUAUCAGGACCUCAUCCUGCGCGACACGCCGCCCACGCUGGACGAGGGCGCGCGGAUGGGGUGGCCGCCGUAUGGGCUCGUGCGGGAUAUCCGCGAGAAGGUGGCCAAUCUGCCGCAGGCUGUGCAGAUGAGGAUCAUGCGGCAGGAGCUGAGGGAGUCGCUUGAAGGUUAUGAAGCGCCGCCGGUGACGCAGACUUGA